AUGUCGGCUGAGACUUUUCUUCCGUACCUGGACGUGCAUUCAGAUGGAGAGCUGCCCGCAGGGCCAUAUCGAGGUGUUGCUGUCUCACAUCAAGAGGGGAAUCACAAGCUAACCCAGCAUCAAAAGCUCCCAGAGGAGGUUCCAGUGCUAGGCUGGGAUCAGAAUCAGGCCCCAGCUCUGUCUCCUCGACCCAAAGAGAAUGAAGCUCAGCAGUCAGCCCUGGACAGUGUCACUGUUAACCCUCUGGAUCUGGCACUUACUGGAACUCCAGAGGUCACUAAUGAGGUUGAAACUUCUCCAGUUCAGCAGGAGGCCCCUUCUGAGCCUCCAGAGAGGUCAGAGGAGGUUGAAUCUUCACUUGAGCAGGCUGCCACCGGUCAGCCUCCAGAGCCGCCUGAGGAAGCUGAGCCUUCUCCAGGGGAAUGGAGACAACCGGCUCAGCCUUAUGAGUCUAAUGGGGAAGUCAUGCCCUUUUCAACACAGCAGGAGACCCCAACUCAGUCUCCAGCAGAGAUAGAACCUUCUGCAACCCAGCAGGAAAGCACAGCUCAGCGUCCAGAGUCUCCUGCUGAGGCCAAACCCUCUGCAGCUCAUUCUCCAGAGCAUGAUGUGACAACAGCUUCUCCUCCAGGCCAGGAUCAAGCUCAGUCUCUGCAGGGACCCAGUGUCACUGUUAAACCUGUGGACCUUGCACUCACCAUAACUCCGGGGCCCACAAGUGAAGCUGAACCUUCUUUGCCCCAACAAGAGGCCUCAGCUCCGUCUGCAGGGUUUCCUGAGCAGUUGGAUCCAUUAUUUUUCCAGCAGGAGGCUCCGGAUCAGCCUCCAGCCCCCUCAGGAAAUGGUGAACCUUCUCCAGUCCAGCUUGAGCCCCCAACUCAGCCUCCAGAGACCUCUACAACUGCCGCAGCUCAACGUCCAGUACAUAACGAGGUGAUGUUCUCACCUGCAGAUCCGGGUGAAGCUCAGCAUCCAGUGAUGCCUAGUACCACAGAAAAACCCCUGGAUCUCGCAGUUAUCAUCACUCCAGAGCCUGCUAAGGAGGCUGGAAGUUCUCCAGAGCAGCAGGAGGGCUCUCCUCAGUUUCCUGUUUCCCCCCGAGCAGGCUAA